AUGGCAGGACUCCCGGUUCCGCAAGCUCAUCGCCACCUUCCCCAAGAAGCAAUUGUCUCCGUCAUCGACUUCGCCGAGAAUUACUCCUUCCAAGUGCAAAACGAGAUCCAGUCGAUGCAUUGGUACAGUGACCAAGUCACAAUCCUCGUGCAUCACGACGAGCACCGCGACAUCGUCAAAGAGCUCCAUUUCUACAUCUCGGACGACAAGGACCAUGGCACGGUCUUCGUCCAACACUGCUUGGUCGACGUCCACUAUGCCUGGCUCAAGGCGAAGGGGAUCACCCUCGACAAGCACGUGUUCUUCUCGGACGGGGCUGCUUCCCAGUUCAAGUCUGCCCACGCAUUCUACUUCGACACCCGGCACCUCGGUCUCACCGAGGUACCGGCAGAGUGGAACUUCUUUGAGUCGGGGCACGGGAAAGGGGAGCACGACGGAAUGGGCGCUCUCGUCAAGUCGGCACUCCGCAAGUGGCAGUUACUCGAUGGUGACGACGCUCCAAGGCUCACCAACGCCAAGGAGGUCGUCGAGCUUCUCCAAGCUCGCCUCAAAACGGCAGCCCCUUCUUCUUUUCCCAGCCGGGCGGAUCAGCGGGCCGAAACCGCUCGCUACUUUCACCUCAUUGAGAUGGACUCCGUUAAGGAUCUGCCCAAGCUUUGCUGCAAGACAGUGCCGGGAACGCGGAAAAUUCACUCGCUCAAGGGCAGCUCGAAUCCCAACAACCCCACUGUGUUGUUUCACAAGGAGCUCUCGUGCUUCUGUGGGCCGUGUCAGGCAGGGAACGACGAGGUCUGUGAGGAAGUUGCUCGGGUAGGGCAGUGGCUGCAAGCAAAUCUGGAGCCGACUGGGGACAUUCCCGAUGCAUUAGAAGGAGAUGAGGAUGAGGGAGCCAUCUUCGGGGGUGACUACGACGAUUUGUCAGGAUUGCUGUGUUAA